AUGGUAAAUUUUUAUAGGAGACACUUGAAAGAUGCUGCUCAAACUCAAGCCAUACUACAUGAAAUGCUUGAGGGAGCAAAGAAAAAAGAUAAAAGCAAAGUACCUUGGACCAAAGAAAGCAUAAAGCAAUUUGAAAAAUGCUACACAGACUUGCUAGACAGAAAAUGGGCCAUCAUAGGCAGAGACAAUUGGAAACCUGGUCCAAGCGCUGAAAUUUGCUUAGAUCAUUUUGAGGAAUCUCAAUUUGAGUCACUAUGCAAAGAUAGAAAAAAACUAAGAAAAACUGCAGUACCAACACUCUUUAGCAUUCCAAAUCCACCACCAUCUGUAACUGACAAGAGGAUAAGAGAAGUAAGAUGUCCUAAGCCAAAUACUGAAGUGGAAACUCUACCUGCUUCAAAUGAAGAGUUGUUAAAAAAAAUAGAAUUCCUUGAGCAACAGCUUCAAGAAAAAGAUGCAAAAUUGACAUCAUUUUUGUCCGAUGAGCAAGUAGGAACCCUUGCUGUGCAGUCAAAAAGGAACUGGUCAGAAAAGUCCAUUAUAAAAGGACUGAAGAUGCGAUUUGCUUUGGAGCAAACAUGGAUAUAA